GGCGACGGCGCCUCUUCAUCUUGUCCCGGCCUGAAAUGGAAAGAGCUGUAGCAGGGGAGCUCUCUGCCGACACUCAGCUCUACCGCAUGCAUGUCUGCACGCACUGCCUAUGCUCACUGCUGCCCGACCACCUUGUACUAAAUUAGUACAAAAAUUGUUGCAAUCUUUUAUUUAGUUUAAAGUUUCUUAUUGCUAUUCAGCUACUUUUCUGAAAUAAGAUUUUGACAAUAUAGACUGAACGCCGGAGUUAGAAAGUCAAAGCGAAGGAGAAAGGUCUGCUCGGAACUCCCCCCUGAGGUAAACGGUGAGUCUCUAUAGAUUUCAGCUAAACCCAAGAAGAUGGGAAAGCAGAACAGUAAACUUCGGCCAGAGGUGCUUCAAGACCUGCGAGAAAAUACAGAAUUCACAGAUCAUGAGCUCCAGGAGUGGUACAAAGGCUUCCUUAAAGAUUGCCCAAGUGGCCAUUUAACUGUGGAAGAGUUCAAGAAAAUAUAUGCAAACUUUUUUCCAUACGGCGAUGCUUCAAAGUUUGCAGAGCAUGUGUUCCGUACCUUUGAUACAAAUGCUGAUGGAACUAUUGACUUCAGAGAAUUUAUAAUUGCACUUAGUGUUACAUCUCGGGGAAAGCUUGAACAGAAGUUGAAAUGGGCGUUUAGCAUGUAUGACCUGGAUGGGAAUGGGUACAUUAGUCGAAGUGAAAUGCUGGAGAUUGUGCAGGCAAUUUAUAAAAUGGUAUCUUCUGUGAUGAAGAUGCCUGAAGAUGAAUCAACGCCAGAAAAACGAACAGACAAGAUCUUCAGACAGAUGGACACAAACAACGAUGGCAAACUGUCCCUUGAAGAAUUUAUCAAAGGUGCCAAGAGUGAUCCUUCCAUUGUUCGGCUAUUGCAGUGUGAUCCCAGCAGUGCAAGCCAGUUCUGAUUUAAGGAAACAAAAUGUCUGGACAGUAGUGGAAGACCACUGGCUUGUCAUUCAAGCUUAGCUUGCAGCAGACGCCUGUCACUCAUUCCUUGUGGUUCGGUGGCCAGAUUUUGCUGUACCAUGCAUUACAGUGGCUGGCUUUCUGCAGUAACACAAGAGCAGCAUUCCCAUGCAGUGGAACCUUUCCACAAAUUUUUGGAGUUUAAACAUGUUUACAUGCAGUUGUCUUGAGGUUUUUUUGAAAACA